AUGGAAACCAACAAGAGGAAAGCGGUGGUUGAAGCGGGCGAUGAGCACAACUUGGCAGGAGAAGGAGGAUUAGCCAGUCCAGUCCGCGAACCCGAAGCCAAACGACAGAAACAAACAAACAAUGAAGAUAUCCAAGGGCAGCCGGCGCAAGAAGCCACCAAGCCGACCCCCGAGUCCGAUCGGCCCCACAACACCCGGAGCGCCCCGCCUUCCGAACCCGGACCCGGACAGGCCGUAGUAGCAACGGGGGGCAAACCACGCAAAUGGACCGACGAGUACUUUCGCAAGCUUUACACCAAAGACCCCAGUUUCAAACACCUUGGUCAGAAGGAUCCCGACUUUGCUCCUUUUCUCGACUCCAAGAACCAACUCGACUUCAACGACCCAUCAGCAGUAAUGCAACUAACCAAAACCCUUCUCAAAAUCGACUACGGCCUGAUAAUUGACCUUCCCUCCGACCGUCUCUGCCCCCCCGUUCCCAACCGACACAACUACAUCCUCUGGCUCACCUCCCUCCUGUCCUCCUCUUCUUACCACCCCCAUUUCAGUUCCUUACCUGAUCAGAACAAUUCCUCCCGCUCCAUCAUCGGCCUCGACAUCGGCACCGGCGCCUCAGCCAUCUACCCCCUCCUCGGCUGCGUCCAACACCCCUCCUGGUCCUUCAUCGCAACCGACAUCGACGCCCACUCCCUCUCUUUUGCCAAGCGCAACAUCCACCUCAACAACUUACAAGACCGCAUCACCCUCUUGCAUCGCACCCCGGACCAAUCGCUGAUCCCUUUCGACUCCCCCAUUCUCACCACACGGGGAAUCGACAGAAUAGACUUCACAAUGUGCAACCCCCCCUUCUACUCCUCCCCGUCGGACCUCCUCUCCUCCGCCGCCAAAAAGAGUCGACCACCACUAACAGCAUGCACUGGCGCCCCCGUCGAGAUGGUCUGUGCAGGAGGGGAAGUGGCGCAUAUUUUCAAAAUGAUCGACGAGUCGCUUGUCCUCCGCGAAAAAGUGACGUGGUACACGAGCAUGGUCGGAAAGGUAACUUCCCUGGAAACAGUAGUGGAGAGGCUAAGAAAGGAAAAGAUACAAAAUUAUGCGGUGACGGAGCUGGUGCAGGGUAAACAGACGAAGCGGUGGGUGGUGGGAUGGAGUUUUGCGGGGAUGAGAGCUGGAGAGGCAGAAGGAAGGGGGGUAAGUGGGGUGUGGAAGAAACUGUUGCCGCCGGUGGUGAGUAUGGAGGUUGGAAUGUGGAAGGACAGUAGGGAGCAGGUCGGAAAGGUGGUGGAGAGGGUUAAGCAGACGGUGGAAGGGUUGGAGUUGAUGAGUUGGGAGUGGAGUGGGGAGAGGAUGAGAGGGGUGGGGAGGGCGAGGGCGAAUGUUUGGAGUCGGGCUUGGAGGAGGAAGAGGGAGAGGGAGAUGAAGGCGGUAGAGGAGGGGAAGAAAAAGGAGGAGGACGGUGAUGGAAAUGGGACAAGAGAAGAAGAGGAGUGUAAAUUGGGAUUUGAGGUGGUGAUCGAGGUUGGAAAAGAUGGGGAGAUGAAGGUGCUGCUACUUUGGAGGGAGGGACAUGAUCAAGGCUUGUUUGAGAGUCUUUGGGGUUAUUUGCAGGGGAAGCUGAAGGAUAUCUAG